AUGUCGCCAUGUCAUUUAUACAGAUACCAGACAAGUAAUGGGAUCACAGUUGAAGAGGAAGGCUCGUUGAAGAAUCCAGGAACCGAAGGAGAAGCGCAGACUGCCCGAGGAAGCUACUCUUACACAGCUCCUGAUGGCCAGGUCAUCACCGUCAACUGGUACGCGGACGAGACCGGCUUCCACGCCGAAAGAAUAAACAAGCAACGACCAGGAAUGAUACCCUUUAGUGAUGCAAUACCUGUAGCUGAAUCUGCACCUGAAUUUUUUAGGGGCUGA